CGACAUCAAAAAGCUGCCCAGAUACGUGCUAAUAAAAGAAAAGCUGUAAUUGAGCGACGGCGAGGGUUAGACGGUGGGGUGGCCGCACCGGUUUUAGUUACGGUUAUCUCAUUUGGAAGCAGCGCCACCGACUUUGUCGAAGGUAUUGCCAAGUGCGAUGAGACUAUCGUUCACACGCAAGGACACAAUGUGGCUUACUUUGCUAUUCCUCGAUUCAAGUCUCGACUAGGUUUUCUGACUCCGGAUCUUUCCAAAUACGACAAUGUGCUUGACUCGAUCAAGGUUUCCGAUGUGGUCUGUUUCCUGUGGCCUACCGAAGCCGAGCUUAGCGAAGAACAUCAUCUGCUUCUCACCAUCGUCAAGGCACAUGGUUUGCCCUCUUAUGUGAAUGUCGCGCCACACCUGAACGACAUUCCGAUAGGGAAGAAGCGUGAAGACGCAAGGAAGCAUGUACAGGCGCUUAUAAGCGAAACCAACCUUACUUCAAACAAGCUGUUUUGUUCCGACUCGACAGCGGACUUUAUCUUACUUGUCCGUCAUUUUAUUGAUAUGAAAAAGAAUAAAAUGCUAUUGCAAAAACGCCGUCCGCAUAUAUUGGUGGAGAAAUUGGAUGUCGUUGACGAUAAGGCUGGGAUCUGUUCAGUCCUUGCGACGGGAUAUCUGCGUGGACCCACAUGGAAUGUCAAUCACCUAGUGCAUAUUCAAGGAUGGGGUGACUUUCAGUUGAGCCGGAUCAUUGCUUGUGAUGACCCGAAUCCACUCAAGCCGCCAAAUGUUUUGGCAACCGCAGAUGAAGCUGUUAGGGAAUCACUGCAGUCAGAAAUUGUGCCCGAUCCAAUGGAUGCUGAGCAGACUUGGCCAGAUGAGUACGACAAUGUUCCCGGAACUCGAAAUGUUCCCAAAGGAACCUCAUCUUAUCAAGCUGCAUGGAUUCUCGAUGAUGACAAUGAAGAAUCUGCGGGUGAAAGUGACGAGGUCGAAAAAUAUCGUCGGGAAAGAGAAGAUGCACAGUUCCCCGAUGAAAUCGAUACGCCUAUCGGUGAUCUUGCUAGAAUCAGAUUCCAAAAGUACCGUGGUCUGAAAAGCUUCAGGACUUCGCCAUGGGAUCCCAAAGAAAAUCUACCAUCCGACUAUGCUCGCAUAUUCCAGUUUCAAAAUUAUAAGAAAACCAGGAAAAACGUGUUGAGCCAAAUUGACGAUUACGAUCCAGCAUCGUGCGUUUCUUCGGGGCAAUACGUAACAUUACAGAUUGAUCGCGUCCCGGUCACCUUUCAAUGGAACAAAGAUGAUCCAUUAGUGCUUUAUCAGUUGCUGCCGCACGAACAGCGCAUGUCCGUACUCAAUUUUGUGAUACGUAAGCACCCGUCAUGUCGCGUUCCAAUAACGAACAAGCAGAAACUGAUUUUCAAUGUUGGAUUUCGGAAGUUUGAAGCAUGUCCAGUGUUUAGUCAGCACUCAAAUGGAAAUAAAUUCAAAAUGGAGCGAUUCCUGCCAGCGAAUACAGCAUGUGUGGCUACUGUCUUUGCACCUAUAACUUUUCCUCCUGCUUCUGUGUUGGUGUUCCGAGAAGGAAAAGGUGGAAAGGAGGUGCGCUCAGUAAUUUUCUCCUCUAAUUCUCUGUUCUAUAGCAUUCGCGUGUUUCAAUUUUUGAUCCUUUAUCAUGCUAAAAUUUUCGAAAAGGGUAUCCCAUUUUCUUUAACACGAAUAAUUUAUUCUGUUCGAUGUAGAAUUCAUUACAUUUCUCACUCGCUGUGCGACAAUAGCGAAACGGACCUAAAUUACUGA